UUUUACCAUAUAUACAAAAUGGCACUCUCAUAUAACUCUGUCUUGUUUCUGAUAGUUUCUCUACUAUCAAUCUCCUCCAUGUCAACAAGCGUGGGAGCUGAUCUGGUUAACGAUGUUUGCUCGAAAACAAAAAAACCCGCUAUAUGUCUAUCCGCUUUAAGAGCGGAUCCUCGAUCCAAAUGUGCAAAUCUUGAAAGCCUUGCAACCAUCUCAAUAGACAUAUCACUAAAGAACGCACAAUCCACACGGGAUCUUGUUAAUACGUUGCUUAAACAGGCCACAGAUCCAAAACUAAAGACAAGAUAUGAUUCGUGUUUGGAGAAUUACGAUGACGCCGUUGAUGAACUUGGAGGAUUGCCAGUUUUUUUGAAGUCUAAAGACUAUGGCGGUUUGAAUAUUCAUGCUUCUGCUGCUUCGGAUGGUCCUUCUACUUGUGAUGAUAAUUUUUCAGAACAACCUGCUGAAGCGCCCCAACUCAAAGAUGCUAGUGACAAGCUUCAAGGACUUAUUAGUAUUAUUUUAGUUAUUAGCAAUCUAUUGUAAGGUUAGAUACAUAAAAAUUUAUAGAUUUUUGCAAGGUGUUGUAAUCAACUUGAAAAAUAUGAAAGUUAAUAAAUCAUAAAUUUAUAUU